UUGGCAGGUGGAGGUUCCUGGUCGGGAUUGGCAGAGCCAUUCACCAAGAGCCACGUGUCUGGGCCCAGAGGCCUUAUCAGGGCCAGCCCUGCUCUCUGCCUGGCGUCUCUGGGUCCGUGUUGUUCUGCUGACUCCCACCGUUCAUACCGCCAUGGGUUGCCUGCUGCUCUUGUGGCUAGCCUUAACUCCCCUUCAGCCUGCCAGGACACAAGACGACAACAGCUGGGUGGUGGAGGAGGAAAACAUUUUGGUCCUGAACCAGCACAAUUUUGCCAGGGCUUUGCGGACGUAUAAGCUGCUCUUGGUGGAAUUCUGCGUCCCCUGGUCGGGGCAUUGCCAGGCCCUGGCCCCAAAAUAUGCCAGAGCAGCCAUGUUGCUAAAGGAGGAAUCCCUUGUGAAACUGGCCAAGGUGGAUUGCACCCAGGAGCAGACCCUGAGGGCCGAGUUUGGAAUCACUGGCUAUCCUGUCCUCAAACUCUUCCGAGAUGGGAACCGCACCCACCCCAUGGAUUUCCCAGGUGAGCAGGAAGCCGCAGGCAUCGUGGAGUGGAUAAAGCGGAAAGCCGGUCCCAGUCUGGUGCUCCUCGAAGAAGUUGAUGAAGUGGCUGCUUUUGUGAAUCUCCACAACGUUGCGGUAGUUGGAUUCUUCCAGGUGAGGGACGUCCUAGGCUUCUAUGCCCCUUUGAAGCUGCCACCGGCAAGGCUCUUCCAAAUGUCAGAUCUGCACGAUCCAGACGUGGGUCUCUUGGGCGAUGUGGCCAGUGACACUCCCGAGGUAGCCUUUGCCAUCACGGACAACCGGCUCCUCUUCCAACAGUACAAUAUUACUGAAGACACCAUCUCUCUCUUUCGGAAGAUGUAUUUGCAGGAUGAUGGUCAGCGGGUAGAUUUCUUGGUUGACGCAGAGCUGGGCCUGGAUGGAGAAGACCUGGCUCAAUUCAUCUCCGCGCAGAGCUUGGACCUGGUGAUGGAGUUCACAAAUAAGAACUCCUCCAAGAUAUUUGGGGCAAAGAUCCCACACCAUUUGCUGCUGUUUAUCAACAAGUCAGUGGAUUCCCAGCUGGGGCUCCUGGACCCCUUUCGAGAAGGGGCCGCUGCAUUCCGGGGUCAGGUGCUUUUUCUGCUGGUGGAUGUCAGUGGCGAAGGGGCCGGCGUAUUGCAGUACUUCGGCCUUAAGGGCCACGAUGCUCCCGCCCUCCGUUUCAUCAGCAUUGAGGCCAACAAAAAAUACCAGCUAGCCACAGAAGGACUCACGUCUCACAGCCUCCACACCUUUUGCCAAGAGGUUCUGCAGGGGAAACGUCAGCCCCACCUGAUGAGCGAGGAGAUCCCCAAUGACAGAGAUGAGAAGCGGGUGAAAGUCGUGGUGGGCAAGAACUUUGAGCAAGUUGCAUUUGAUGAAACCAAAAACGUUUUUGUGAAAUUCUAUGCCCCUUGGUGCCCCCACUCCAAGGCCCUGGCCCCAGCCUGGGAAGAGUUAGGAGAGAAAUACAAAGAUCACAAUAAUAUCGUCAUUGCGGAGAUGGACGCCACAGCCAACGAAGCGGCAGACUUGACCAUCCGUGGCUACCCAACCCUGUACUUCUUUCCCGCUGGGCCAGGCCGGCAGGUAGAACAACAUUUGGACUAGGGCUGGGCUGCUGGUUGGGGGAGGAAGGAGGUGGGCCCAUGCUGACUGGGGGUUUCUUGCCCAGGUGACUGAGUACAAAGGAGGCAGAGAUCUUGAGAGCUUCUCGAGGUUCCUGGAGGGUGGAGGAGGGCAGGUCCUCUCCAACGAAGAGGCUGGAGUAAGUACCAGACCCCUCCAGAAAAGGGUCUACCCAGCUUUCCCGAUGCAAAGGGAAGGUUCUGCUUAGCGAGGCCAGAAGCCUCUUCCUCCAGGUUCCCAUCUGGACUUUGGGGAGACUCCUGGGAUAUCUAUACUGUAAUUCCCAGUGAUCUAAGCCAGCUUCUAGGUCUUGCUAGAAUGUGGAUUCCACCCUUGGUUCCAAGGUUCACCAUGAAAAUUCAUGCACGCUAUUUUGGACAAUCGCCCCAAGAUGGAGGGGGGGGGGGCAGGAGGAAAAAGUCUUGGGUUGAACCUGCCUUCUCCCCUCACUUUCCCUUCAGUCUCAGCUUCCUAAGUCUGUUUUGUAAACAAACAGUGUGCUGCCUAUGUGCACAGUGGUUGCUGUUGGAGAACAGUGCGUACCUGGGUACUCGAGUAAAGGUUGCCUCUGCUUUCCUAGGCCGCUGAGACCCCCAAAGAGCCACGGCCCGAUGGGAUGAAUCCACCAGAGACCACAAAGUCCAGGGAGGAGUUAUAGAUCCUGCUGUCCCCCUCCUGAGCCUCACUUUCUACAGGAGGCCCCCACAGCGUCAUAAACAAUAUAAAGACCUUGAAUAUCAAAGAAAGACUGUGUGAAAGUCACGUGUUUCAAGCCGUGCAGACAACCCCACCCCCACCCCAAAUAACCAGUUACUUUCCUACGUGUGUUGCUACCCUCUGGGCCCUCUCAAA